AGGCGUGUCCUCGCGCCGGCCCAAGACCUCCCCGAGCCUCCGCCGACGCGGUCCGGGGCUCUAAAGCCCGCAGAGCUCCGAGGCGGCCGCCACUUCUCCGAGUCGGAGCCAUGGCGACAACAGCUCAGUACAUCCCGCGGAGUAACUCCUUGCCGUCCAACCCGCUCAUGCACCCGGACUCGGACCGCAUGCACCAGGGGACCACCUACCGGGAGGUGCAGAAAAUGAUGCACCACGAGUACCUGCAGGGGCUGGCGGCCACCAACACGGGACACCCGAUGAGCCUGACGCACCACCAGUGGCUGCCGGCGUCCAACGGCGACUGGUCCGGCGGCACGCACCUGGGCCAGCAGGAGCACAAAGGCGGCGCGGUGGGGGCGAGCCGCGAGGACCUGGCGGUCGCCGGCUUCCACCACAGAGCGCACCUGGUGCACCAGCAGCCGCCGGGCGCCCACCACGGCGCCUGGGCGGCGGCGGCCGGUGCGCAUCACCUGUCCCCGCUGUCGCCAGCGUCGGGCGGCGGCGGCGGAGGCGGCGCAGGCGGCGGCGGCGGCGGUGGCGGAGGCGGUGGCACGGGCGGCACCGGCGGCGGACACCACCACCAGGCUCUGCUCUACUCGCAGCCCGGCUACACGAACCUGAACGCCAUGCUCGGCAGCCCCCAGCCGGGCGCCCUGCACCACGGCAUGCGAGAGCCGCUCCACGACGACGCGGCGGCGGUGCACGACGGCCACAUGGAGUCCCCGCAGCAGGCCUUCGGACACCACCAGGAGCACUCGGACGAGGACGCGCCCAGCUCCGACGACCUGGAGCAGUUCGCCAAGCAGUUCAAGCAGCGGCGCAUCAAGCUGGGCUUCACGCAGGCGGACGUGGGCCUGGCCCUGGGGACCCUGUACGGCAACGUCUUCUCGCAGACCACCAUCUGCCGCUUCGAGGCGCUGCAGCUCAGCUUCAAGAACAUGUGCAAGCUAAAGCCGCUGCUGAACAAGUGGCUGGAGGAGACCGACUCCAACACGGGCAGCCCCACCAACCUGGACAAGAUCGCCGCGCAGGGCCGCAAGCGCAAGAAGCGCACCUCCAUCGAGGUGGGCGUCAAGGGGGCGCUGGAGAACCACUUCCUCAAGUGCCCCAAGCCCUCGGCGCACGAGAUCAGCACUUUGGCCGGCACGCUGCAGCUGGAGAAGGAGGUGGUGCGCGUUUGGUUUUGCAACCGGAGACAGAAGGAGAAGCGCAUGACGCCCGUCGGGGUCCCGCACCCCAACAUGGACGACGUAUAUUCCCAAGCCGAGACCCCCCCGCUGCACCGCUCGCUGCACAGCCCCGUGCAGUGACCCCCCGGACGAGCCCGACCGUCGCCGUCUUGGUCGCCCUUUCCCGCCCCGCCCCGCCCCGCCGCCGCCGCGCGGGCUCCUCGACCGACAAGGGGGACUUUGUGGAGUUUACACCAAGGUUCGGACUUGUUUGGGGUUUUUUUUUAAACUUGGCAUCGGGGACAACAAAUGUUGAAAAAAAAAAACCACGCACGCGCACAGUUAGCGACAAAUAUUUCAUUGAAUGCGAGACGAAGAUUUAUCGACCAAAUUAAAGCGGAGGGAAUGGAAGGAGACUCGGCAUCUCUUCACUCCCUUUUGGGGGAACCUGAACGCAUCACACGCCUACAAAAAAAAACGAGAAAAAAAAAACACUGGAGGUCAAAAGUCAGCACUGAAUGAACUUUUUUUUUUUAAUUUAUGGCUUAUUAUUAUUUAUUUCGUCUUUUAUUUUUGCUUUUUCAAUUCCAAGGGGAACCCGAGUGCGCUGUCAUUUUUUAUAUUUGCAGUCGAAAACGCUGCGAAAAGAACCAAUAUUCCAAAUGCAUCGGGACUGACAUGUUCUGAUUUUUUUUUAAAAAGCCUUAAUUUAAUUUUCUUCCUCCUCCCAACACACACGUCGCAAUUUCUAAAAGAAAAGCAGCACUGUGGCGUUUUCCUCGAUUUUUUCCCCUCCUUCUUUCUUUGCAUGGAGCACUUACUUUGUAGAUGUGAAUGCGACAUUUCCACACACGCCCCCCCCCCUUCCGACCCCACGCGAAGUUGGAGCAACUCAGGUAACUUUCAGUGUCCCCCCCCCCCACCUCCCCGACCCAGUACCCCCAAUGUCAAAAGCUGACUUUCUGUGAUACUUAAAAAGCCGUGGGGCCCUGAAGGCAACGCGGCCAAAGGACUUUUGUUGUUGUUGUUGUUUGUUCGGUUUUUGGGUUUGUUUGGUUUUAUUUGCGCGCGCGCGCGUGUGUGUGUGUGUGUGUGUGAGAGAGAGAGAGAGUGUGUCAGUGUGUACGUGUGUGUGUGUGUGUGUGUGUGUGCGCGCGCGAGCGUCCGUGUUCUACUUUUCCAAUUAUAUUUAUUUGACAUCGUUGUGUGCAUAAGGCCCCCCCCCCCUACUCCCCAAAAACUGAAACUCGCAGUGCUAUUGACCGGGAUUUUCCUCCCCAAGAAAAACAUGACAAUUAUUAAAAAACGAAAGGAGAAAAAGUUUUAAAGGUGAUUUUAGAGAAAAUGUGUAAAUAUGUCCAAUAUGUAAAACUUGUAUUUGUUCUGAAAUCUGUUUUUCUUUGCUUUCUUUUCCGGGCAGUUUUGUACACUUACUAAUAAUAUCCCAGAAGAUAUUUUAAUAUGAUUUUUUGAUUUAUUUGAUGACUCGUUUCUAAAUAUAUAUUUAUUAUUUCUUCGACGUGUUUUCUUUUCUUUUCUUUUCUUUUUUUGUUGAUCUAUCUAUCUCUCAAUAUGUUGCAGUGGAUGAUUUCGCUCUCUUUCUUCAUCGGUCGUUACACGUUGAUUGCUCUGCAAAUGUCGACUGCCAAGUCACAUUUCUAUUUAUGUUAUAGUCAUAUUUUAUUACUGACAUAAAAAGCGAAUAUUCCGGAAAAUGUG